CGGACAAGAGUUUCAAAUUAUGGCGCACAAUUCCUGCGGGGAAGAUGGAAAUGCUGCGCAUUGAAUUCACACUCUUCACCUAGAUUUGUCUGGUUUUCCCCUGCUCAGCGACUUCAGAUUAAUCCGAUCCCACCAGAAGCUCUCUCUCAAUCUCAACGCGAAUCGAAAACUCCGAAGCUCAAGUCCUAUGGCGUCGUCCCUCCCAUCGACGUGUUAAAUCUGACACACAGUCGCCGCCGCAGUCCACUAUUCGACCCGUACGCAUCCGAUAGCUCCGGCUCCCCUUCCCCGCUGAUGAAAUACCUCUGCGCUGCCGAUCCUAAGUCCGAUUCCCCGCCGGCGUUCAUCACGCCGGUGAAGGUCGAGGAGGAUGUGAUCGUCAUGGACGGGAUUCCGGUAUCGAAGUCCAGUAAAGGCGGCGGCGAAUCGAGAAUGAGGUCGGCGCUGAUGUCAUCUAGCUCCUACAACAGCAAUCUCUCAGGCGGAAGGUCCAACUCAACUCCAUCGCCGUCGUCAGGCGGCGGGAGCGAGAGCAUCAAACCGCACAAGAAUAGGAUAUGUCGCUUUUGGGAGACUUGCGGGUCGUGCCAAUUUGGAUCCGAAUGCCAGGUCACUUUUGAUCCAACGGUUCUUAUUUCGUUUUCAAUAUUAAUCUACGCUGCUACCUGGUUUCACGACUCUUACUUCGUAGGAAAAAUUAAAGCGCGUUGCGUAACAACGAUGUGUGAAUAUUUCGCGCACGGCAAGGAGGAGCUGCGGCGUCCCCCUCGCUCCUCCGGCAAGAUCAAACUCGAGAUUUUCAAAUCGAGCAACAAUUUACAGGGAUCAACCCCACCAUCUUAUGGCAAAAACUGCUCUGCAAUCUGCCAAGCCAAACCAGCACCUUUAUCACCAGCAGAAGAAGCUUUUUCAUCUCCAUCAGCGCUACCAGCAAUGGCCCUCUCCCCAUCACCUGUUCAAGCCAAACAACAUUCUGAAAGUACAUUCCCCAGCAGCAAGAUCCGGGUUACUAACCCGCCUCUAUCGGACUGGAGUCCUGUAGAUGAUGGGAUUGAGGUCACUUUGCCUUUUGCUGAGAAUCCCUCAAAAGAAGAUGUGAAUGCUUACAUAGAGAAAGUGCUUUCAGGUAAGAGUUCUAAAAAGAGAUUGCCAGUGGAUAAAGCACCUUUCCUGAAAACCAAACAUAAAGCAAAUGCUAGUAUGAUUGAAAUCCAUGGUCUCCAUGAGUUAGAUGCUGAGUUUGAGGCCGAU